AUGAAUGAUAUUAAAAUAUUUGCUGUACCAGAAGGUACUGUUGUAUUUCCUCGUAUACCAUUAAUACGAAUUGAAGGUCCAAUACUUAAAACACAAUUACUCGAAACAACAUUAUUAACACUUGUUAAUUUUGCAAGUUUGGUUGCAACAAAUGCUGCACGAUUUCGUGCAGCAAUAGGAAAUGAAAAAACUUUACUUGAAUUUGGUUUACGUCGUGCUCAAGGUCCUGAUGGUGGUUUAAGUGCAUCAAAAUAUUGUUAUUUAGGUGGAUUUGAUGGUACAUCAAAUGUAUUAGCUGGUAAACUCUAUGGAAUUCCAGUAAAAGGUACACAUGCUCAUGCAUAUGUUAGUUCAUAUGAAUCAAUGGAUGAUUUAACUGAACGAGAAUUAUGUGAUCGUAUAAGUGGUGAACGUCGUCCAUUUGCUGAUUUAUGUCUGAAAUAUUUAAAUGAACUUGGUCCAAUACUCAGAAUUCUUCCUGAACAAACAAAUAAAGGAGAAUUAGCUGCAUUUACUUCAUAUGCGCUGGCAUUUCCAACAAAUUUUUUAGCAUUAGUUGAUACAUAUGAAGUACUUAAAUCCGGUUUACCAAAUUUUUUGGCUGUUGCACGUGCAUUACAUGAAUGUAAUUAUCAAGCUGUUGGCUUACGUUUAGAUUCCGGAGAUUUAGCUUAUUUAUCAUUAGAAGUUCGUUCAAAAUUUAAAGAUGCAGCUGCAAAAUUUAAUAUAAAUUAUUUUAACGAUUUUACUAUUGUUGCAAGUAAUGAUAUUAAUGAAGAAACAUUAGUAUCAUUAGAAAAACAAGGACAUUCUAUUGAUACAUUUGGUAUUGGUACACAUUUAGUUACAUGUCAAAAACAACCAGCACUUGGUUGUGUUUAUAAAUUAGUUGAACUUGCCGGUUCACCACGUAUAAAAGUUAGUCAAGAUAUUGAAAAAGUAACAAUACCAGGUCGAAAAAAUCUUUAUCGAAUAUAUGGUCAUGAUGGAAAAGCUUUAUGUGAUUUAUUAACAAAAUCUGAUGAACCAGCACCACAAGCAGCAGUUAAAAUUCUUAGUCGACAUCCAUUUUUUGAUCAAAAACGUGCUUAUGUUACACCAACAUCAGUUCAAAGUUUAUAUAAAUUAUAUUGGGCUGACGGAGAAAUUAAACAACAAUUACCAUUAUUAAAAGAUAUUCGAGAUUAUGCCAAAGAACAAUUAAAUCAUUUACGAAAAGAUCAUAUACGUGAUCUUAAUCCAACACCAUAUAAAGUAUCAGUUACAGAUACAUUAUUUACUUUUAUGCAUGUCCUUUGGAUGAGAAAUAUACCAAUUGGUGAACUUGAAUAA